AAUGGUAAUUAUAAUAUCUGGAACCGAAAAUGUUUAUGUAACACUGGAUUUUAUGGAAAAUUUUGUCAAAAUGACGCAUUUUCGAUGUUUGUGUGUAGGGGGUUUCAGUGGAACAACUUGUGCAAUUAAUAAUGGAAUUCAAAUCUCCGAUGAACUAACACAUUCAAAUACUCUUCAAUUUGGAGAUUGGAAAGGUUAUAAAUAUUGUUCUCACGGUUAUUUCGUCAACGGUAUACAACUUCGAGUUGAUCCUGCUGGUGGAGACGAUACCGCAUUGAACAAUGUUCGAUUAGAAUGUAAGAGGCCUUACGAUAAUACUACUGGUACAAGUGUUAAAUCUGGUACUGCUCAAGAUGGAGUCUGGUAUGGUACAAGCUAUUGUCCUGAUGGAAUGUACAUGGUAGCCUUUGUAGUAAGACUACUUCCGUAUAAAGGACCUUUCAGCGACGAUUAUGGCGCUACUGAUUUCAAAUUCAGGUGUAGAAGCUAUCUGAACCCUCACGAAGCAACUAUUGAUUUACAUCCACCUGGGGGACUUACCAAGGGAGAUUGGGGAUCUUGGUCAUCGUCUUGCAAUGCAAAUUCGGCAGUUUGCGGUGUAGAAUCAAAAAUUGAAAUCUCUUCGUCACUUGACAAGACUGGCUUGAAUGUUGUACGUUUUAAAUGCUGUAGUUAUUGA